CACGGCGAGGACAAAGCAAGAUGGCGUCUGACGGUGAAGACGUUAUUGCAGUCGUCACAGUUCAAUGUUCUUAAUCUAUGCCUCCAUGUACACAUAUAUGUCCUUUAUUACACUCUAGUAAAUAGAGUAAACAUCGUUAAUAACUGUUUGCAUCCGGUUAUAUUAGUCUGAGCGCACUUUGAUGCUUCUCGAGCUAGCUUAGCCUGCUAGUUAGCUUAGCUUGUUAGCUGCUAACAAAGAGAGGCGGAAGUGAUCAAAACACAUCACUAAGUAGAGAUCAAGUGUGAGUGUAAAGUGUUGUGAUUGUGUGAAAAUGUGCCAAAGAACCAUAGCAGAGUACGAGGAGGAACUUUGUCCAACAAAAGAGAAGGAGCGACAACAUGAAAAACAUCAAGUUGUGUUACACAGAACAGACAUCCAUCAGCUGAUUGGACACCAAGAAGAAUGUCUCCCUCAUCUGCAGGGGGACAGUUUCACUUUAGAAUAUCCACAGCCCUCACAUUUUAAGGGGGAUUCACAGCCCUAUUAUUUUAAAGAGGAAGAGGAGGGAGAGUGUCCUGUAGGGCAGGAGGAGGCUGAUGUCAGCAAGUUUCCACUGACUGUUGUCUCUGUGAAGACUGAAGAGCAUGAAGACAAACCACCUGAGUCCUCACAGCUUCAUCACAGUCCAAACGUUGAAGAAGAACCUCUACCCCAUGAGCAGGAGAAGGAACCACAGUCCCCCAACAUACGCGAGAAAAAAGAGGUACCACAUUCCCAGCACAGCAAAGAGGGAGGAGAGGAGCCACAUCCCCCCCACAUUAAAGAGGAAGGCGAGACGCCACAGACCCAUAAUGUUAAACUGACCCUUCACAUUAAAGGGCAAGCGGAGGACCCACUGAUCUUACACAUCAAAAAUGAAGAGGAGGACCCACUGACCCCUCACUUUAAGGAGCAAGAGAACCUGCUGACCCCUCACAUUAAAAAGGAAGAGGAGGACCCACUGACACCCUACUUUAAAGAGGAAGAGGAGGACCAAGAGCCGCCGCACAUUAAAGAGGAAGAGGAGGAAGAGGGCAUCAGUCAGCCUAAAUGGUUGGAGGAGUUCCCAGUGACUGGUGUCCCUGUGAAGAGUGAAGAUGAUGAGGUGAAAGGUGAAAGUGAGGAGAGGGGAGGGGGGGAGCCUCCAAGCAGCAGCUCAACACAACACAUGACAACAGAAGCUGAUGGAGACCACUGUGGAGGAUCACAAGCAGACAAGCUCUUAGCUCCACUAUCAGAUAGUGAGGACACAACGUCACACUCUCCUGACACUGAUGAUGAAGACUCUAAAGAUGAUAAGACAUGUCACACUGACAACACUCACUUCGCAUGUUCUCAUUGUCACAAAACCUUUAAAUACCAUUGUCGUCUGAAAAGACACAUGAGAACACACACUGGAGAAAAACCUUUCUCUUGUUCAAUCUGUAGUAAAGGUUAUGCACAAAGUCAGAAUUUGAAAAGACACAUGAAAACACACACUGGAGAAAACCUUUUUACCUGUUCAAUAUGUGGUAAAGGUUUUACAGAAAGUCAACAUUUGAAAGUACACAUGAGAACACACACUGGUGAAAAACCUUUUUCAUGUUCAACCUGUGGUAAAGGUUUUACAGAAAGUCAGAAAUUGAAAGUACACAUGAGAACACACACUGGUGAAAAGCCUUUUUUCUGUUCAACCUGUGGUAAAGGUUUUGCACAAAGUCAGGAUGUGAAAAGACACAUGAGAACACACACUGGUGAAAAAGCUUUUUCCUGUUCAAUCUGUGGUAAAGGUUUUACAAGAAGUACAGAUGUGAAAGUACACAUUAAAACACACACUGGGAAAAAAAUCGCAUUCCUGUUCAAUCUGCAACAGAAUCUUUUGUCGACAAUCAAGCCUUGUAGCACACAUGAGAAGACACCCAGGAGAGAAAGUGUUGAGUUGCAGUGUGUGUGGUGAAAGAUUGUGUUCUAAGUACCAGUGUAAGAAACACAAGUGUGCUGGUGAGAACAGCAGCAGCAAAUGAAACUGCAGGAUUUGAAAUAAACUGUCCAGACUUUCAUUUUGACUUUCUAACAACAUCAGCACAUAUAACAUGUGUGACAUUGUUGUUUGUCUAACAAUCUGUUUAAUAUGAUCUUUACAUUUAUAGAUUACAUAGUUUGAAAUAUAAAAUUAUUACUUAUUUGUACUUGUAAUUGUUAAUAAUCCCAUAGAUGAUCACCUUUAUAUGAUAUACAUAUGUACUGGUUCACAUCUGAAACAUCUUCUGGACCACUUCAGGAAGCAUAUUAUUAUUUACUUUUUACAUCAUUUAAACAGUUGUCUUUUAUACAAUUUUAAAAUGUGUGAUUUUAUGAAUCAUUUGUUGGGAAUCUGUAAUCCAUUUUAUUAUUAUCUUUAUUACUCUCUUUUGUAUUAUGAUAAUUGUGUUGUGAUUAUUUUAAAUGUAUGUCCCCAGACCUCUAUGCAAUAAAAAGUGAGAGAAAAUGUCUGAA